AUGAAUGUAACCUAUUUACAUUUCAUUUUUCAACAAAACUUUAGGAUAUCCAAAGAUAUUUUCAUGGAUAUUGUGUCCUUGAUUGGACCCCACAUAGCCGCUCAAACCGAUUAUGGUUUGACGGAGGAACAAAAAUUAGCAGCUUGUUUGCGGUACUUUGGUGAAGGUAGAUAUCAGCAUGGAACUGGAAAAGAUUUCCAUGUUGCAAUGGCGCAGUCAACGUUCUCGAAGGUGCUACGUGAUGUGCUUCCACCAAUGCAAUCCCUUUUGGGCGACUGGAUAAAAUUAAUUAUGACCGAAGAAGAACGAAUUGAGGCUAAGGAAUAUUUUUUCCAAAAGAGUGGCCUUCCUGAUGUGGUGAUGUGUGUAGAUGGAACACACAUCAAAAUAAAAAAACCUAAGCUACGGCCAUUGCAGUAUAUGAACCGAAAAAAAUUUUACAGCAUAAAUGCUAUGAUAGUAUGCGAUCAUAAAAACCGAAUUCGAGCAAUCGAUGCCCGGUUUGCUGGGUCGCAUCAUGACGCACACAUUUGGAGGGUUAGUCCAAUAAGCAAGCAUUUUAUGGAUCGACACAGAAAUGGAUUCAACGAUAAAUUGCUAGGUGAUGCAGGUUAUCCGGCAGCAGACUGGCUGAUUACGCCUUACAGGGAUCCAGAUUCAGGGUCUCCAGAAUCUGAAUUUAAUAGGAAGCAUUCGUCUGGACGUAUGAUAGUGGAGAGGACAAUCGGUUUGCUCAAGAGUAGAUUUAGAUGCUUGUUAGGAGUAGAUGGAAUAUUAAAUUAUGAACCGCAAAAAUGUGCACAAAUUAUUAAUAAUGGAACCUCCAUUUCCAAUCUUUACUAG